AUGCCAUACUUCCAAAUACACACGAUCCGAGGCGUUCGAAGCAAAGAAGAGACGCGAAAACUGGCAGACGUGGUUCAAGAAUGMAGCCUGAAACAUUUCAACGCUCCUCCGAAAGAUCGAUAUCAGAUCAUCACCCAACACGAGCCGGGCGAACUCAUUUGUGAAGAUACCAAUCUUGGAUUCGAAAGGACCGACAAGCUGGUUUUCAUCCAAGUGUUCCAGCAAGGUAGAGAUGCAAAGACCAAACAAGCACUCUACGCAGCGUUGGCAGAGCAGCUCAAAGCCCAGUGCGGUGUAAAUGGCAAUGACUUGAUCAUCACCAUCAGCAGGAACGAGAAAGAAGACUGGAGUUUCGGCAACGGUCAAGCGCAGUUCCUCACAGGAGACCUAUAG